CAGACGGGGUUGUGACACGCAUCUAACAAACGAAAUCAGCUGACAACGGCUACACGCUGCACACACAAUGGCUGCUCCAACAGAGAGGACCGUACUUAUUGCCCAGGAUGGCAGUGAAUACUCAAACUAUGCAUUCGAUUGGUACAUGGACAAUGUUCACAAGAAGGAGGACAAGGUUAUAUUGCUACACACACCAGAAUAUCACAACGUUGUAGCGUCACCAAUGGUGAUGGCGGACGUCUCUGUGCUGACCGAUAUGUGGAAGGAAGAGGAGCAAAGGGUUGAGGAACUGCUCAAAACAUUGGGAACUAAAAUGAAGGAACGCGGUAUUGGUGGUAAAGUAAAAAGCAUGGGCGGAACACCCGGGGAAGUGAUUUGCAAGGUUGCCAAAGACGAGGGUGUAUCACUUAUUGUUACAGGAACGAGAGGGAUGGGCACCUUAAGGAGGACGUUCAUGGGGAGCGUCAGUGAUUACGUCAUUCAUCACGCACAUGUUCCCGUUCUGGUAGCUCGGCACAAAGACCACCAUCACCAACAUGGGCACCACAACCACUGAAACGUAUUGAAAAGUGCAAUGUUCAUUGUCUAAUCCAAUUACUGCGCACAUUAAAGCAUGGUGCUGAAAAGUUGAUAAAAAUGCUUUAAAUAUUAAACAAGAAGAAUUUGUUAUCGAGCAUUUUGUUUUAUACUUAAUAGUUUUUUAAUCGAAUGGGUUUCAGACUUUAACGCCUUCAUAUUACACAGGAGGGAACUAUAUGUAGUAUAUGAUUAAGUUGUCAAGCAUUUUAUUUAGUUUUUAGUAUUAUGUUACACACAAGUGAUAAAUAAUUAGCUAAGCACUUAGCUGUUAUCUUUUAUUUCGCAAUCAUGAUUUUUAUUCAAGAGUUACAUAUAUAUUUGUUAUAAAAUCAGUAGAAGCGAUAUAAGGAUGUGUACAAUAUGAUAAAGUUGCUUACAUUCCUGUUGAUGACGAGGCCGUUAGAAGGCAUUUUUAUAGAUUUUAACGCUGGUUGGACGCACAAAUUAUAGGUACGCUGACACAGAAGUCAAGAUCAUCAAAGAUUAGCGUUAUUUUCGUCAGAAACCGUUGGUUAUAGAAUCUAAAAUCUCAAUGUCAUUCAAUUAUCCUGAUAUCUGAACAAAUAUCCAGACUGCUGCGUUUGCAUAAACCUGAAAAGUAAAAACUUGUUUCAUCUUUACCAAGUUUAUUUUUAUGGUGCUGAACUGUAAAACCAGUUAACAUGUCUUUUUUUUUGUUUCAGUUUUCCAUAUACUAAUACAAUCCGUGAUAACAAAAGUGUAUGCUUAAUGGUGUAAACAUUGUUGAAUGAGUAUCACGCAGUAUCAACGUGUGUUUGGGUCCAUAGUGUCAAAUAUGGCAGCCACUGCCACUUUGUUGUGCUAAUCAGUCUUAUGAUAUUAAAAUAUCACCUCAGAAACUUAA